GGCAUUUGUGAGAACAUAAAACGAAAAAAAAAGUUUGGUCGCUUUAGGCUACAUAAUGCAUUACAGUAGUAUUUUUACUUUAAUCAUACAUUUUGUAGUCGUUUUCCAUCCAUGGUUUUAGUAGAUGAAACAUCUCAUUAAUGGGAAAAUCAUUUAAAAUAAAGCUAUGGUCUAGUCUUGAUAGUUCCGUAAAAGCCCUACACUUUUAACAGUUCCGGAAGGCACCACCACCGUAGCAACAUUAACGUUACUUACCAGUGCAGACUGACAACUGAUGAUACGCCUUUUGUCAAUCUUAACUCAGAGACCACCGAUUUCAAGAAAAUGAUUCCAGAGUUGUCCAACCCCUCAGUGUGCAUGAGGGACCCUCAGAGGGUACAGGAGAUCCUACAGUCCAUGGUGAAGGCUGGCUCCAACACCGUGCAGGUGAUCUCAGAUUUUGACAUGACCCUGACAAGAUUUGCAUACAAUGGCAAACGGUGCCCUACUUGUCACAAUAUCCUUGACAACAGCAAACUCAUCACUGAAGACUGCAAAAAAGAGUUGAAGGACCUGCUCAACACAUACUAUCCUAUAGAGAUUGACUCUUCACGGUCAAUAGAUGAAAAGCUGCCCCUUAUGGUGGAGUGGUGGACUAAAGCUCACGAACUGCUGGUACAGCAGAAGAUUAGGAAAGACCUACUGGCUACUGUGGUGAGGGAGUCUGAAGCCAAGCUGAGGGAGGGCUACCAGCUUCUCUUUGACCACCUGCAUGAACACAGCAUCCCUCUGCUCAUCUUCUCUGCUGGAAUUGGAGACAUUCUCGAAGAGGUUAUUCGCCAAGCCGGAGUCUUCCAUUCCAACGUCAAAGUCUUCUCCAACUACAUGGACUUUGAUGACUCUGGAGUGUUGAGGGCUUUCAAGGGAGAGCUUAUUCACAUCUACAAUAAAAGGGAAGGCGCACUGCUCAACACCGGCCAUUUCCAGGAGCUGCGGACGCGACCUAACGUGCUACUGCUGGGAGACUCUCUGGGAGAUCUAACCAUGGCUGAUGGAGUACAGGACAUGGAAAACAUCCUGAAGAUUGGGUUCCUCAAUGACAAGGUUGAGGAGAGGAAGCAGUCUUACUUGGACUCGUAUGACAUUGUGUUGGUAAAAGAUGAGACCUUGGAAGUUCCUAAUGCUAUAAUGCUCUACCUUACUGGCAAUAAGUGAGCUGAGAAUCGACACCCCUGGCCGUUUGGUAUUGAACUCUCCGGUGCCAUCAGCUGAGGAGGCCCCUGCUCACACAGUGCCAUUUGAAGGCCUACUGACAGCCAACCAACAAUGUUUCAUGAUCAUUUGUUAUUUUACAAAACUUUUCACAGGUCCAGUUGACAGCCGCAGCUCAUGCACACCACGUCCCCUUUUGUAUUUUUUUUGUAUUGUCCCUUGGCCUUCCAUUCAUGUUUAUACUGUAUGUGAAGGAAGCCAUAUUUGCACCGUCUAACCUCUUGUGCAGCAUGUAAAAGGUAUGUGUGGUUAUGGGUGUUUAUUUGUUGGUUUUGGGAAGAAAUAAGACGGUUUAAGUCUUCAUAUAGGAUGUAAUGAUAAAGGGAAAGGAAAACGCACAAUAUAAAUGGCAGCACGUGACCUUGCACCUGAUGCGAAACUGAUUUCCAGCCUCUUACAAUAAAGCUAAUUUACAGCUAAUUCUAACCAGAAAUCUAAUGUUUUAAAAAAAUGUUUAACAAAUGUUACUGUGUUCAAACACUGUUGUUUUUCUCGUGUAACAUCACAGUGCUAUCAAGUGCUAAUUUAUGAUAACUACACCUGACUUUUAAGAGUAAAAUAAAUUGGUAAAUAGAAUUAAAAAUACAUAGCUCCAUUUUGUUAAGUAUGGAAGAGGUCACAUUAAUUGCAAAAACUAAAUGCUACCUCAGAAGUGUCACAGAAUUUAAAAGAAAUACAAAAUAACAGGGUUUUUACAAUGUUGUUAGUAUUUGACAUGCUUUUAACUUAAGUCAUUUUAACUGUGGAGUCAAAAUACUGUUUCUGUAAUGGAACAAACAAGGUUCAUCAAACUUAAUAACUGGAGCUCAAUAACAUUUUUCAAGAAUAAACAGUUCUGUUGUAAAUUGUGGACAAUCUGCACUGUGUUCCACAAUCUGUCAGCAAUUUUUCUACAUCUUCAUUGUCAUUACCUCUUUAUAUGUUCCAACUUGUCUGAAAUAAAAUGUGUUUACAUGUC